AUGGAAUCCAAGCUCUCCUGUCUGUUGUCAUUCAAAGAAGACGUGAUUCCAGCAGAAUACAUCCAGCCACACUACAAGGAGUCCUACCGGCUUGCCAUCUACGCUCUGGUCAGUGGGGGUAGAGAUGUCUACCAGGAGUACCUCAAAGCCGAACAACUCAGUGACUUUCUCUCUGAAGAGGAGAUCAUCUUCAUUUUAGACAAUGCAGAGUUGCCAGUCCCAGAGGAUGAGGAUUCUGCAGGGAAACAUGUCAGAGCUCCCUCCACUUACUUCCCCACUGAGUCAGAUGAGGAGGUUCCUGACCUUGACCUCGGCUGGCCAGAGGUCACCAAUGAGAACAUGGAGACAAACAUCAGCCUGCUUUUCCACCCUCCCAGACACAACACACCGACCAUCAAAUACAUGAUACGUAAACAAAUUCUAAAUGCAAGACAGAACUUGCGAGUUCGGACAGUGAAAGGACAGCAGUAUAUAUGUCGAUCUGGAGCAAAGUUCCAUGGAUCUUUGGAGCAGAGGUUUCUAUUGGUGGACUGCAAAACAGUGUUGUACGGUACAUACAGCUUCACGUGGUCCUUCGAGAAGAUCAACCUCAGCAUGGUCUUGGUCGUCACAGGGCAGCUGGUGGGCUCCUACGACGAGGAGUUCAGACGUCUGUUCGCCCGAUCCACUCUGCCCGCCACUCUCUCUCAGGAGAGAGACUUCUGGAAAGAGCCGGCAACGUCCACGUACAACCCUUACCCCGGUCGGCUCUUCGAGAGCAGACUCUCUCUCGACCAGAUUCACAUGAGAUCCCGCAGGAGACAGCUUGGCUUGAUGAGUUCUACCGGUCAACAGAAGGACGAUCGAUACAGCAAUGGACAGAUGAUCACAAGAGGACUGAGCAUUCAGGACAGACUGAAUCAAUCUCACCGCACCGAUAUGGGGAAACUUGUGAGGGGACACAGCUACGCCGGAGAGCUGCCGCUGAGAGGGAAUUCCACAACUCACUUGAGGAAUGUAAGAGAUGACGCUGGCGGUGCUCACGGUGCCCCUGAGAGAGGCAGACGCAGCGAAGAUCCACUGUUACCAGGCAGGGUGAAUCAUUACACGCAGAAGAAGAAGUAUGGCAUUGACCAACAGCAUCUACUCCCUUACAGCAGUGAGACCUCUCUUAACAGGUGGAAGAUCAACUCGUACCUCAAUAACAGUGAUGUAACCCUAGGGGAGCCAGUUGAGAAUCUGCAUCUGCCUGACAGCACGCAGAACCCAAACACAUCAUCCUGUAUGAGAACAUCAGUCCUCUUCAACAGCCGUCUGGCAGAACAGUCUGAAACUCCUAACUAUAUGUCUGAGCACUCUGUGACAUCUCCACAAGGCAGUCUAUGGAUGCUAUCUCCACAGGGCGGUCUAGGAGUGACAUCCCCACAGGGCAUUCUAGGUGGCCUAAGCAACUUCCAACCCCAACUGACCCCCGCUAGAUUGAGGGAGAGUCAGAUGAGAUUGGAAGAGAUCAGACGGAAAAGGCUCAGUUUACAUGAGUAUGAGGAACCUGUCAGCAACUUAAGGCCAGCGCAGAGCCAGGAUUCUCUCAGGCUGUCUGUUUUGUCUGCUCUCGAAAGAGCUAAAAGAAGGUCGUCAGAGAGAGGCCUGGAUACAAGGCACAGUACGGCAGAGUUAUCAGGCAGCUCAGAACACAGUUCUAAUCAGGGACCUUCCAGCCGCAGAGAGGAACUCACCCCAGGAGGUCAACAGGAAGAGGAAAAAAGAGUUAAAGACCAAACAUAUAAACGAACCAACUUCAGUGAUGCACAAAGGUCUGUCUCACAAUACGACAUCAAGAACAAGACAGAGAGGAAUCCUCUUGAUGACUGGCAAGAGCCUCUCUCCAGGACGAUGUCGGCAGCCCAACUGGGAAUACAACUAAAGGAGCCUUUGCUCAAGCCCUCCAACUUCAGACCCACUGGACUUAAUGUGGAGAGCUCUAAAGCGCUAACGUCUUUGAUUGGAAUACCAGAGGAGAAGGAGGGCCCCACCAGGAAGAGUCAUGGCUCCACUGACCAGCUGGCCAACAGCUCCGACUCAGUGCUCUCCGCAGACAUAGAGAAAACACGCCAAAGUGUGAAUCCACUAUCAGACUGA